AUGGGCGUUCCGGGCCUUUUCGCAUUCCUCAAGCGGCGGUAUGGAGUUAUCGCCAGAUUCAUAAGCAAGAAAGAAGAUGGCAGUUGGGAUGGGGCGGCACCGGCGGACGCCCUUUAUGUCGACAUGAAUCACAUUAUCCAUAGCUGCACACAUGCCAACACGGGGAGCGACGGCUUACCUUACGACGAGAAUGCCGCCUUUGAGCGCAUGGAUGCCUAUUUGACUGCGCUGUUGGAGAUCGCGGAUGGCGGCGGAGCCGCUGCCGGCGCCGACACCGCCGCGGCCGCAGCAAAGGCAACCAACUCACGUCCCCCUUCCCCAUUGCGGCUGUUGUUUGUGGCCAUUGACGGCGUGGCGCCAAUCGCCAAAAUGAACCAGCAGCGCACUCGGCGAUUCUUGUCCGCGCACGUGGCGGAGGUGACGGAUCAUGUGGAGCGUGAAGUCCGUGCCGAGAUGACCUCUCAGGCCGGGGGCUCCCGCACCAUCCCCGACACCUCCUCCAGCCGCUUCGACCCCAACAUAAUAUCGAUUGGCACCGUCUUCAUGAGCCGGGUGGCGGACAGGGUGCGGGCCAUGCUGCGCACCAAGGUGCAGACCGACCCACGGUUCACUCAGCUGAGGGUGAUCGUCUCCGAUUCCUACGAGCCAGCCGAGGGGGAGCACAAGAUCAUGAGGUUCAUUCGCCACCUGCGCACUCGCCCCGAGUACGACCCAAACACACGACACAUCAUCUACGGCCAGCUCGCCCGUCCUCGGGUGUCGGUCCCCGGGCCCCCCGUGGGUACAAGUGUCAGCAGCCCGUUGGUGCAUUGGGCAGUGCCGGCAGUUCCCGCAGUAUGGAUCUACGGUUUUCCCUCCCCACCAAAAAGGACGCCGACCUGCUGCUACUGUCCCUCCUCCUCCACGAGCCGCAUGUGCGAGUGCUGCGGGCGGGAAAUCCAGACCAACAACAACAACAACCCAACACAGCAGCAGCCGCCGCCGCCGCCGCCACAUCUUCAGCCGCCAAGCUACGACCGGAAGGCCGCCAGUACCAACCCCCGCAACAACAACAACAACAGCAACAGCGACAACAGCCAGGGCGCUGAGAAGGUGGAGGACGGGAAGGAGGAGUCGGUGUUCUUCUUCGAGGAGGUGGACAUCAGUUUGCUGCGGGAGUGCCUUCAGUGGGAGUUCGCCGAGCUGUGCGCUGCAACCUCGGAAGGGGAGGACGACCCCACGGAGGAGCUGCUCGGCCUCCUGGCGAUACGGCAGCCCCAUGGCCCCGCGGCGACGGCGGUGACUGAAGAGCUGACGACCGCCGUCGGCGUCGGCGUCGCCGCCGCGGGCGAGAUCAGGACAGCGGCAGCAGCAGGAGCCCCGGAGCAGCCGGCGGCGCUCUCGCACCCCCCCCAGCAGGCGGCGCACGCCGGCAACGACUUCCUCCCCCACGUGCCCUCCAUCGACAUCUACGACCUGCCCUCGGGCCUGGAGCUGCUGAUGGUGUCGUACAAGGAGCUGCUGCCGCAAAUGAAGGGCUGCAUUACACAGGGUGUGGGCCAGAUCAAUGCGACCCGACUGACGCAACUGUUCAACAAACUUGCGAGGGACGAGGAAGCGGCGUUCGUACGGAGGGCGGCGCUGGCAGCCAGAGGCAGCCGCAAGACGAAAGUGGCGGUACCGCCAAUAUGCAUUGCACGGCAACUGUACGACAUGGCAUACUGCAGCUUGGACGACUGGGCGCCGCAGUACGGGCCUGUACGGCCACUGCUGCAGCUGCUGUGCAUCCUGCCGCCCAGAAGUGCCAUGUCCGCACUGCCCUCCGAGCUGGCGGCCAUGGUGCUCGUCGCCCAGGAGUUGGAGGACACAGAAGAACAAGCACGGCAGCCGGCAACUGGUGGGGUGGACGUGGACCGCAUAUUAGAGGACGAUGUUGAAGUCAGCAGUAGCAGUAGCAGUGACGGCGAGGGCGAGGAAGAUGACGAUGGAGGUGGAGGUGUUGGCGACGGCGGUGAUGGCCAGAGGGGUGUGUGGAGGCAGCAGCAGCGGAGCAGGAGGGCCUCCGGUGCGGGAUGCUGCUCACGGACGAAGAAAAGUCCGGUCCAUUCCGCCUCGUCGGGGUCACGCAAGAACCGCAACCGCUUCCUGCCCGCCGACCUCCUGGUUUCGGAGCCCCUAUACCGGGAUGCCCUGGCCGCACUGGGUUCCGGAGCGGCUCCCCCCGACCGCAUCGCCUGGCACUUGCUGCUACAGCCGACGCUGGGUACUAGCUGUAGCAUGACUACGACAGCACCCGCCGCGCAGCAGCCACCACCUGCCGUCCGGUCCAUUCCGCCUCGUCGGGGUCACGCAAGCAGCUGGCGGCGGCUGGAGGCGGCUGCAGCCCGCGGCAGGAGCUACGCGAAGAGGGUGCUGGGUAUCAGCAGUAGCAGCGGCAAGGGGGGAAUGGGACAGGUAGGGGGAAGGGAGGGGAAAGGGAGUUCCGACGGGGUGGUGUGCCAGCGGCACAAGCCAGCGCCGAUGUCGUUGGCAACAGUCGGGAAUACAUGUCGUACGGUGGCGGCGGCGGUGACGGUGACGGAAGAGAUGCCAGCGGCGGCGGCGGCGGCGGCGGCGGCUUUCGCGGUGGGAGGGGCCGCGGCAGGGUUACCGGCGGUCGGGGCGGCGACGGCAGGGGAGGGCGCGGCUGCAGGGUCAGCCCAGGCGCGGGUGGUUUCGGAGCCGGCGGCGACGACGGGGUCUACCCUGGCGGCUUUGGCCGAGGUGGUAGCGGUAGGUACGGCGACGGCGGCGGUGGAGCCCGCCGGGGGGGCUUCCGAGGCGGCGCCAGGGGACCCGCCGCCACCGCCGCCGCUGCCGCCGACGGAGGCGGAGGGCGCGGGUACGGACGCCGCGGCGGCGGCUCGGGUGGGGACGUGUUCAGCUCCGGGCGUGGGCGGCUUGGUGCUGGUGGUGACGAAGCAGGUGGCAGGCCCGUCCGCGGUGGCCGCGGGUACGAUCGUGGGUACGGAAGCGGCCGCGACCUUGCCAAUUGAGUUAAGACGUGGAGCAGCCAUGCCGCUCUACGAGGAACCUUCAGUCCAGACCGGCAGCCAGAUGCCGCGCAGCGCUUCUGAGGCUGCGAUAGCUGCAUCGAACCCCUUCAACAUCCCAGCGGAUGAGGAGAUUUUCCGGUUCCGCGAGGAGGAGCGGGCGCGAAAGGAGCAGCAGAAGAUCGCUGCUCAAACUACGGGCGUUGCGGAAAAGACGACGUUCGCGUCACAAAUGCAGGCGACGGCAACACCCGACGCCCGAGCACUGCUGCGGGAGCUGCGGCCACCAAAAGGGCCGAAACCCACCGCCACCCUUGCAACAUCAAGCAUCGGUACGCUGGACCGACGGAAAGAAAAGGAAAACAUGGCGGACUUCAUUGCCAAGAAGCGCGAAAUCUUCUUGCUGCAGAUGAGCCUCGACACCAAGCGUGCUGAAAUCAAAAAGCUAGAGGAGCGCGCCCGCCAGCGUGAGGAGGCGCUGAAGAAGUCAGAGCAGAUGCUGGAGGAGGACGCCCUCCGCUUCGACGCGUUCUUAAAAGAGAACGACGAGAAGGUGCAGGAGGCAAUCAAGCGUGCGGAGACGGAAGCAAAAGCCAAACAGGACAAAGUAUUAGAAAUUAAGCGCCUGAACACGGCCACAGCUGCCCUCCGUUCCGAGCUUAACAAAUACGAGGAGCAGCUCGAGGACUGCCGGCGGUACAAGGAGUUCUUGGACAGCAUCACACCGCCGGAGUGGUUUGAGCAGCAAGCAGCCAAGCUGCAGCGGCGAAAAGACGCGCUGGUGGCGGAAUGGCAGGGGCAAUGCGACGCGCUACGACAGCGUCGUGAAGCGGGCUUGGCAGCCAAGGCACAGGCUGAGUCCGAUUACGCCAAUGCGCGAACACAGCAGCAGGCGGAGCGGGCGGAGAGGGCCAUUAAGGAAAGCCUGGCGCUGCUAAAGGAGAUUAUGAAGGAGAAGGAGCCGCCGCCCCCCAAUCUGGACUUCCAGAUGGACCCCGACGACGAGGAGAUGUACUUCCAGGAGCCGUCCCAGCUGCUAGCGGUGUACAAGCAGCUUGAGGAGAGCAACCUAUUCUACAUCCAGAACGCGCAGUUGUACUUUUUGGCUCUUUUGCAGGAGACUGAGGAGGCCCUGGAGGAGCUCCGUCAGAAGCUGAGGGAUACCAAGACACGCAUGGAUGCGGAGGCGCUGGCGCUGCAGGGACAGGUCGCUUCCCUCCAAGCUGCCAUCGUGGCCGCACGGGAGAAGGCUCGCCGCCUGAAGGACCGCACUUUGGAGAACGAGGGCGCCUUCACACUCAGCAUGGGCAACACGGGGGGCGGAGGGGGCAGCUCCGGACCCACGGGUCAGCCGGGCGGCGGCGGUGCCGGGGCGGGUGCACCCGUGAACCUGAAGCAGCUGGGUGAUAAGGUCCGGGAGGUCUACGUGCGUUGCGGCUUUGAUGCGGACGCAUCCAUCAGUACCUUGCAGAUGUUGACCAACAUUGAGAUGAAGCUGGAGGAGUACCUGUCUAUCGCAGAGGCCAUGCCCAUGGAAUACGUGGAUGGUGCAGAGAAGUCACGAGAGAAGGAACGGCGAAAGGUUGCCCGCGAUGAAAAGCUCUCUGCGCAGCACCGGGAGCACGAGGCCCGCAUGGCGAGAGCUCUGGAACGAGCGGCGGCACCCGUGUUCAAGAAGACCGGCAAGCCGCUCAUGUUUCGUUCGGCACCGCCGCAGCGAAAGAAAGUGGUGCAGGCAGACGACCGAAACGAUGAAGAGGCGGAGCUGGAGGCGUACCUGGCUCAGGACAUGAUCUGAUGUGAAGAUUCAAGGCUCUCUGGCUCCCUCUCGUUGGUUGAGAACCUACCUGCAGGUCUAACCUGACCUGACCUUGUCGUGCCGCGCUGCUUUCGCGACCUGCUGCUGUGCGGUACGGCUAUUUAUGAGGGCAGGUGCCUGUCUGUAUGUCUGUGUGCCCCAAUCAGAUGGAUGUGGUUACUGCUGGACUGAUCUGGGUUGGUGUCGGCCGCAAUGGCCUGGUCCGACCUGAGUAUCUGUUGGACUCGCCGUGCUGGAUACAGUGUGUAUGGCAGCCUGACAGUCUGACAGCCUGGCACCUGGUCUAUCAGAGUGUCUGACCCUCUGUCUGCAGUGCAGUGAGAGGCGGUCCGCGCAUUUGCGGUCCAUGGACGUCCGUCUUCUGAUCAGCGGAGUUCAGGUGGAGCUAGCGUUAGUUGACCUGCGGUUUAUUGCUCGCAUGCAGCAGCAGCUUUGGUAUGCGCGCAUGGAAUCUGCCCGGCGACCGAGCUGGAUGUGCCGGGUCUGGUCUUGGGGGGUUAUGGGGCCUACUCAUUUAGUGACCAGCUGCUUUUGGAGAAGAGCAGGCCUGUGUGUGUGCGCGUGGAUGUGUGUGUUUUGGAAGGGAACAUACAGACGUCGAGACGCAGCGCGAGCGCGUAUGUAUGGUGUAAUAAUGCACUGUAGGGCAUGGAGGGGGAACAGGGCCUCGUUUGCGGCGACGGGCAGCAGCGUCCGGCCCUGGUAUUGUGAGUACGGCACGUGAAGGGAAUGUACGGUGUUGCUUGUGAAGGCGGGACGGACGGCGUUUGGCCCGGGCCACAGACACGUAGGAAGGUAACAGGCAGGUGCCGCGGGGCUGUGCUGCGAGUGCAUAAGGACGCGUGAGGACGAACCAAUUCAAUUCGCCUGACGUCAUUGCUACCGUACGGUUUUUCCUUCGUCACUUCCAUUUAGUGAACAUUCGAAUGUAAGCUGCUCAAGCUAUC